AUGUUAUCAGCCCUUGGCGAACUCUUCGGUGAUCAUGAAGUGAACGAUUUCAUUGAAUAUAAAACACAUGUUAGUGACAGCAAGUUUUGGUCCACGGAACUGGACCACGUACCGUUCCUUGAUCGUAGCACGGUAGGCUCGUUGCUUGAUCUGGAGGAUUCUCCACCAACGUAUGAUGAUUUCUACACAUCCAAGUUUACAAUGCCUUCUUCGAUCCAGCCGACAGAAUUGAUCGGCUUCUCCAGCAUUCCUUCGGCAACUGUUAACCAAGAUCACCAACCAAUUGAAACAGCAUGGUCUACAGCCACGAGGAUGGAUGUUUCACCGUCUCAUUGCAAACAAACAUUAUCAACCAAUGGAGAUCUAAUGAACUCAGGCAGCGUGAAUGUUAUCACUAGCUAUGGUACAACAGCCAAACGAUCCCGAACUGCAUUUACUAGCUCUCAGUUAGUGGAACUGGAAAAGGAAUUCCACUCCAACCGUUAUCUGUGCCGACCCCGACGUAUUGAACUAACACGGAAGCUGGCUUUGACGGAGCGGCAAAUUAAAAUUUGGUUCCAAAACCGGCGUAUGAAACAUAAGAAAGAAAGCUCCAAUGUUAAAGACAUAAAUAAGCUGAAGAGCUCGUGUCAUUGCACAGACGGGGAAAGCUCUCAGUCACCCAAAAUGUCCUCGCCAUCCUCGCCUCAUAGCGUGCAUGUUACAAUGGAUGAGGAACGCAAUGGACACCAAAGCAUCGUCAACCGGUUAAUGGCUCAUUCGACGUAUGCACCUCGACCGACAAGCUACAUAAAUAACUCCGUUAAUCUCUGCAACAAUGAUCAGAACGGAAAUAUGACACAGCCACCUAACUCAUCUACGACAGCCAAUCAUCUUGAGUCAUCGUACACUUCCUUCACAGCAAGUGCUAAUGCGAAUGAAAUAUUCAGCAAUUCGAUUUUGUGUGCCAACCAGCCCGGUCACUCCAAUCUAAUCCUAUCGCCAAACAACGAGAUUAACUCAGAGCAGAAAGAGUUUGAAAAUUGCGCGAUAUUUCCCUCCAUCAUUCAGGCGCUUGAUUCCAGCUUUCUUUCUCAUCCACUGACGCCGAAAGCAGCGACAUCGUUUGAUGAAUCACUCAAAGAACCUUCACAGAUGCCUAUAAUAUUAAUACCAUCGGUGUCCAACUCCUCUACCGAUGAUCUAACCAAUGCCAAUCCUUUGGUUGACAGUUCGUACCGUUCUCUGGAUAGUUUUAAUCAGCCUACCGUGCCUGCUUCCACCACAUCUACGGAUGGCGACAUCAUUGGUGUCAGUUCGCCAUCUGUCACUAUUCAGUGGGGCAAUAAGAACCACCAAAAACAGCACCAUAAUCAUCUUCUUCGUCCGGCUUCUGCAAUCCAAGAUACCAACAACAACAAAAGCAACAAUUUUGGCUCUCCUUGCAACACUUUGCCUUUGGGCCAUCAGCACCACACCGUACAGUUACAACACAUUCCAUCAUCAAUUAAACAACAACAUACCAUAGGAGGGGGAGUCAAUGUUUCCCUGCACGCACCCACCGUAACAACGACUGGCACGACAAAUUCCAUGCUUUCUUUAUCUAGCGAUGGCGGCAACGUAUUUCUAGAUCUUUAG